UCAUUUUCAUUCAACCACGAUAAAAUCGUUAUAAUCUGGUUAAGAAACGCGGAUUUGGUAACGAGUUCACUACUAUUAAACCGAGACAUUGGAAUGUCGUUUACUAUUAUGGAGGAACUAAUUAAUUUUAGAAUAUAAAUAAAAACCUGAUGUGGCAUAUCUUUCCGUGCAUGGAUCCUAAUGUUUCAUUAAUGCGAAAAUUCAACUCGACAGAGAAAUUUAGAUUGAAUGAAAGUAGUGUAAAUAUUUCAAUAGUUAACUGUCAUCUAAGGUAUGAACUGAAUCGUACAGAAUGGAGAAAUUGCAAGCAGUUCGUUUUAGUUACGUUUAGGAAGAGUUAAGACGGCUGGAGGAUGUACUUCGCCCUCGUGUCUUCCGGCUCGGCGGAGGGCGGUGAGGACCCCGCAAGCCCGAAGUUCUCAGCCGUGCAGGGCGUCCGCCAGUUGGCACAUGAGGCAGCGGUUGGCUCCGUGGAGCGGCGGGCCGAAGAUGUGGAAAUGGCUAUCAACCUGUUGGCAACCCCGAGCAUUGACGAUGCCGUCAUUGUGGCCAAUGGAGACUGUGACAUUGAAGGUAUAGAUGCGUCAAUGGAAGAAAGAAAAUAUGAAAACCCAACAAACGAUAGUGUCAAUUCCGAAGAAGGUAGGAAGCAUGCAGAGGCAGGGGGACAUCGGAGCAAGGAGAAAGCUUCAGCAGAAAAACCAUCAUCAGGGAAGUUGCCAGGAGGCGGAGUUGACAUGACACUGAGCGAGCUGCAGGAGAUGGCUGCUCGACAACAGCAGCAGAUAGAGUCACAACAGCAGAUCCUCGUUGCCAAGGAACAGAGACUGAAGUACCUCAAACAACAGGAGCAGAAGCAGCAGCAGUUGGCGAGUGAGAAUGACCGUCUCCGUCGGUUACGGGACAAAGUGGAGGCUCAGGAGUCAAAGCUGCGGAAACUACGAGCUCUCCGUGGCCAGGUGGAGCAGCAUAAGGCCAGCAACGGGAACCUCAACUAUGAGCUCGAGUCAAUCAAGGCGCUGUUCAAUGAGAAGGAGAAGGAGCUCACAGUUGCCGUGGCAAAGGUGGAAGAGAUGACGCGGCAACUGGAGGAGAUACGGAGUGGGCGCGUUAAGUCAGCCACCAACACGCAAAGUCCCGCAGCUCUUGCUGAGCUGGAGAAACUGAAAAAGGAACUUGUGUUCAAGAACAAGCAAAAUGAGCAGCAGAACACGAAGCUGUCGGGCAACCGGGAGUUGUUGGCCAAACGUAAGGAUGAGCUCGCCCGCAUGGACAACCGCAUACACGAGCUGCAAACCAGGCUGAAGAAAAAGCGAGCAUUGAACACAGACAUGGAGAAGAACCGUAACCAGGCGAAUGCUAAACCAGUUCAGCAGGGCCUUAACAACCAGCUGUUGAACAAUCAGCGAUCAAACGUGGCCGCGGUCGAACCGUAUGUUCAGGAACCACAGGUGAUAAACAACAAUGCCGGAUUCGCUAAACAUGACCCAAAAUACCAGUCACUUCCCCCAAGCUCCAAGUAUAUGUAUCCUGACAAAGGCCUCAAGGUCAAGGAAACAAAUAAUAACAAUACUGCAAACUGUACUGCAAAGUCAGAUUUGGACAAGUCUGAUGAGUAUUCAAUACCUCUGGUCGUGUCAGUUGACAACUCGAACAAACCCAUACUUAAUGGCCAGCCAUCACCAAAGCAGAGCCCAGUGAAUGCUCCCUCAACUGGACCAAACCUGCCUGCCUAUCCCGGACCACCCUCGGGCCAUAUGGCACCCUCAAGCAGUAGCUCAGGGGCUCCCAAUCGCCUAGCUCCAGGAAUGCCAACCAGAUCAGGGAUGUCACAUUUUGCUCCUAAACCAUAUGGUAGCACUUAUAGCUCCUCUGUCAUGCCCAACAGAACCAUGGGAGGGGUAAACAAUGAUCACCCACCAUUUGAUGUCACAGAAGAAAUUCGACAGUCUGGAAGUGGGCAGAGUUCACCAGGCUCAGUAGAGAGUUUAAGCAGUGGAUCUGCACCCCAUACAGCAAAAUCCCUUCCACCAUACCCGCAAAGGGAUACUUCAAGUAUCAGCAAGCCUCAGCUAAAAGAUAAGAGUAAACCUUCAUCUGAAGUAAGCCAAAACGCAAGGCCACCCUCAAAAGAUAAUAAGAUUAAUAGGGCUGCCCCACCACCAGUACCCAACAGGCCUCCAAAUGCUCCAACCUCUGGAGUAAGCCAGCAAGGGAAUAACACUAGACUCCCUCAGAAUCAGAACAACAGUGCUAAUAAUUCAUCUGAAAGUAGUGACAGUGAACAAACCACUAUGUCAGUAUCAAAAGGCAUUGAAAAAUUCACUGGACUUAUAGCAAAGAAUCACAAUGAUGGUUCUACACCACAUGUAGGAUUUUCAAACCUCAACCAUGCGUCAGCAUUAGGAGCAGUGCGAUCAGCUCCUACAUACAGAUAUGCUUCAAAAAGAGAUAUAGCCAGUACUUAUUUAGGAACAUUUGAUAAUGCAGCAUUAGAAAAAUACCAAAAGAAAGUUCAAAAUCUCCACAGGGAUCUGAGUGCAACAUAUGCCAACAGUAAAUCUGAGGCCAGUCAAGAAAUUCAGGGAUUUAGUCAAACAGAUAAGUUGAAAGAAGAGGAGAAAGAUUCACUCUCCCCACUCUCCAACCACACUUCUCCGCUUUCCUCUGCAUCCACCCCAUCCCCCGCCACUCCACCCAGCUACCCCUUCGAUUUCCCCACCUCUCCCCCACAUGCUGAUAUUGCAUCAGACAAGGUUAGCUUUAAGCCGCACACUCCCAAGAAUGUUCGCCGCAGACACUCUGACAGUGACAACGAAGAAAUUGGCAAAGCAUUGCACAAGUACGGUAUUAACACUAAUGCAAGCAAACAGUUACCUGUGCAAGAAAACCAGCUAAGAGAGUUGGAUAAUAAAAAAGGUGUUGUAGAAAUUCAAGCAACAACCUUUAGUGACAAUAUUCCAGAGACUGUGUUACUGGAUAACAAAGGGAACAUUGUAGAAGUUGUGGAUACAAACAAGGAGAGUGUGCAAGCACCAAGAGAGGAUGCGGCAGACAAGGUCGAGAAUGUGAAGAUUGAGGUGAAGUCAAACGAGCCGAAGUUGAAGAAGAAGUCAAAUCUGAAGCCGAGUGGGUCAAAGAAGCACAAGAACCGUGUGAGUUUUGACCCGCUGGCUUUGCUGCUGGAUGCCUCAUUGGAGGGAGAGCUGGACCUUGUGCGCAGGUGUGCCCACCAGGUGGAUAAUGUGAGUGCAUCAAAUGACGAGGGCAUCACAGCACUACACAACGCGAUCUGUGCCGGCCAUUACGAGAUUGUCACGUUCCUCGUUGAGUUUGGGUGUGACGUCAACUCUCCUGACAGCGAUGGAUGGACGCCCCUGCACUGUGCUGCCUCGUGUAACAACCUGCCAAUGGUGAAAUUCCUAGUGGAACAUGGUGCAUGUAUCUUCGCUACAACGAUCAGCGAUCGGGAGACAGCCGCAGAGAAAUGUGAAGAGGAUGAAGAAGGAUUCAGUGACUGCUCCGAGUAUCUUUAUAGUACUCAAGAGAAGCUGGGCAUUAUCAACAAUGGUGCUGUGUACGCGGUGUUUGACUAUGUGAAGGAGAAUGCGGACGAGAUAACCAUGGAGAUUGGAGACAAACUCACAGUGCUGAAGAAGGGGGAUGAGCAUGAGAAGGACUGGUGGUGGACGCGCAAAAACUCCACUGAGGAGUAUGGCUACAUACCUAAAAACCUACUUGGGAUGACUCCACGGGUAAUACCUUUGGAGCAGCCAGAAGGCCAGGUCUGAGCAAUCAUCACUCCAUCAACACCAUGGUUGACACUGGAGCAGCCAGAAGGCCAGGUCUGAGCAAUCAUCACUCCAUCAACACCAUGGUUGACACUGGAGCAGCCAGAAGGCCAGGUCUGAGCAAUCAUCACUCCAUCAACACCAUGGUUGACACUGGAGCAGCCAGAAGGCCAGGUCUGAGCAAUCAUCACUCCAUCAACACCAUGGUUGACACUGGAGCAGCCAGAAGGCCAGAUCUGAGCAAUCAUCACUCCAUCAACACCAUGGUUGACACUGGAGCAGCCAGAAGGCCAGGUCUGAGCAAUCAUCACUCCAUCAGCACCAUGGUUGACACUGGAGCAGCCAGAAGGCCAGGUCUAAGCAAUUAUCACGUCAUCAUCAUCACUUCUGCAGUCUUUUCAAGGACAUCAUGCAUACUAUUGGCAUAAUUGAACCUCUGGUAUACGUGCUUUUAGCGGCAACCACCACACCAUUGUACAUCAAGAUUCAUACAAGAACAUUAAGCGAGCCUUAUUGGACACCUUAAAUCGAAGCUAAGGUCAACAAUCAUCCCACCAUAUGACUUCCUGAUCCAUACAAGUUUAGACUAGUCCAUUUCACAGCCACACUAGCUUACCUUCAGCAUGCAAGCCUAGGGGAAGCCAUGUGUAGGCCAGGAUGGAGUUGUGAAAUUUUAUUUGAGCCCAAGAUUUAGAAUCAUAGAGACUUGCAGGAUAUCACUCUUAUGAUUUUUAAAGUGUGCAUGAAUAUUGCUUUUCUGAACUUUAUUUCAUUUUCCUCGUCCAGUUGUUUCCUUUUCAUAUUCAGUUUUUUGUUCUUUUCAUGUUUCGCUUUAUUGUGGAAAGACAGAUAAACUGCAAAAGCAUGCUUUAUCUCCCACAUCAGAUAUUUAUGUAAAAAAUAAUUGGAAAUGUUAAAGUUUGUGGCGUGUAAGGUAUUUGUGACAUCUGUAAUCUGUUGUUAACAGUAUUAUGUGCUACUAGGUUGCAUGCUAGAUGAAAUUUGUUAAUACUAAAUAACAAUGCAUUCAUUGUGCAAUGAAAUGAAAUGCCAUUCUACAUUGCAUUUACACUUUGUAUUGUAUCGUUUGUCCUUGUCAAGUUAUUUAUAGAACUGUAUGUGAACGUGUUUUAUUGUUCUUUGUUUUAAGCCUUUCUCCACAAUUAAUGACAUAAUAAAGUCGUUUUAUUUAUUGCAAAGAAGUGUGUAUUUUUAACAAUACGAUAAACAAUGUCAUGCAAAUGUCACUUGUUUAAUAUCAUUUCUUAAUUUUAAUGUAAAAGGCAGGUGUAUUAUCAAUGAAUUUAUCAAGUCAGGAGACAUAAUUAUAAACUAGCUGUGUUACAUUUAUGUACUAUGUGUCAUUUUAUCACCAUUAUUUUAGUUCCAUGGUGAUCUGACUCUUGUGAGAACCACAAAUCAUCCAGAUAAAUUGUGCUAUGUACAUUUGUAGAUGUGCAAUACUGUACUAUAUUGUAAAUAACGUCUUUAUACGUACAAGAACAAAUAAAAUAUUAAAAUGUUAAACUAUUUCA